AACAGCCAUCGGAAGGAAGGGCAUCGUUGAAGAACUCUCGGCAUGCAUUCCUCUCGGCACCUUGGGCGUUAGCGUCAAUAUUCAGGCGAUUCCAAAGCCGCCAUAUCGAGGUGUUCUUGGCUUCGGAUAGGGUCCUUGGGUAGGUCAGCGAACAUACGAUCAUGUCUUCUACUUUUCCUUGGCUCUACAGUUUGCUGUCAGCAUUUCAAGGGUUCGUACAUCUAGAACUCGGGAGACAUGAGGCAAAGACAUUAGGAACAAGUCAGCACACGGAUCGCUGGCUUCGUGCUCAUGAGACUUGCGACCUCGGAAGCCCUUGGAGAUUUGAAGGGAACAGAUGGCGCUAGACCGAAUAAGGCAUAUCGAUAACCUUAAUUUUCCAGGGACCAAGAAAAGUUCGUCAUCGCUCGUCGCAGAACAUCCGCAACCUUCACGAUGCCCACUGAGCUAGAAGAGCUAGUCGAGUUUCUACACCAUGGAAACACGCAAAUACGGCAAGUGGCUGCGGACCACCUCGUCGGCUACUCGCAGUCGCACACGACUCUAUUCAAGCGCAACCAGCUUGCGCCUGUCAAGGACCUAAAGCUCCUCGUCAAGGACUACGCGCCGAUCGCGAAGAACGCCCUCACGAUCCUCAUCAACAUCUCGCACGACGGCGAGGUGCAAAAGGCCCUUGCGGAGGACGACGCCUUCCUCGAGACGCUUCUGUCGCGGAUAACCAGCAAGAAGGAGCAGAAUGCGAACGAGAUGGCAAUGCUCCUCGCCAACAUGGCGAAGGAUGACUCCCUCCAACGGGUACUGGAGCUAAAACGAGACAUACCAAAGGAGCUCUCCAAGUCAAAGUGGGCUAUGGAUCAGCUGCUAGACUGCUUCGUCAAGGGGGCGGGAGGAGGCUACAACAAGGACGCCGACUACGACUACCUGUCGUACUUCUUCGCUGAUCUGGCCAAGUUCCCAAAAGGCCGCAAAUACCUAACCACCCCGCAAUCCCACGAUGACGACGUCAUUCCCUUAACGAAACUCCAAGUCUUCACCUCCCACCCCUCGCACGUCCGCCGCCUCGGUGUAGCCUCAGCGAUCAAGAACGCCGCCUUCCUCGUCUCCUCGCACCGCGCCCUGCUCUCGAACCUCUCGCCCGACCCGAACCUGCCUCCACCGCAUAUUGGCGCGAAUCUCCUGCCCUACAUCCUCCUCCCGCUCAUGGGCCCGGAAGAGUACUCGGACGAAGAUACAGAAGGCAUGCUUGACGAACUGCAAUUGCUGGAGCCGGAUAAGGAACGGGAGAAGGAUGCGGAGAUUAUCAAGACGCAUUUGGAGACUCUGCUACUCCUGAGCACAACAUGGGGGGGGAGAGAUGUGCUGAGGAAGGUUAAGGUGUAUCCGAUUAUUAGGGAGUGCCAUUUGCAUGUAGAGGAUGAGGGUGUGAGGGAUGCAUGUGAUCGAGUGGUGCAGAUUAUCAUGCGGAAAGAGGAGGGGGAAGAGGAAGACGCGCCGAACGGUGCGGGGGAUAGGGGGAGGUUGGUGGAGCUGAAGGAUGAAGAAGAGGACGAGGAUGAGAAGAUCGUUGAUAUCUGCUGAAGAUUCGAUAUGCCUAAAUCUGAAUCCUCG